AUGGUCACAUACUUGGAUGAGCUAUACAGAUAUGCAAACCUGCACGAUAUAACGAUCUUCCAAGGAGAUCAGAAGCACUUACAGAAGAUGUUCAAGUUAUGGCCGCCAUACGAUGUUUUCUAUUUCACUUUAAUGUCCACAGCAGCUAUUUAUGUAUUAAUCAGAAAAUUGCUCAAACCAGCAGAAUUUUGGAAACUGUUUAGUGAUAAACCACUGACUGGAACUUCAAUGUUUUUUUUGCGGAUUUUAACAAGCAGUCUAGCAGCUACCGCUACUUUCGCCAUGCUCUUGCAGAUGGAAAGGUUAGCGGAGUUGAGCUUACUAGUUCUGACGUUGAACUUCCUGCAUACGCAGCUUGUAUUUCUGAUAACAACUCUGACUCUUAGUUUCUCGUAUGUCGAAAGCGAGAAAACGAAGACGGAGUGA